AUGGAGACUGUAAGUCGACAGAGCUUCCAGCCUCACCCGGGACUGCAGCAAACUCUCAAGCAGUUUCACCUCAGCUCUAUGAGCUCUCUAGGCGGGCCGGCCGCCUUCUCUGCCCGCUGGCAACAUGAGCUUCUCUUCAAGAAGGAAGGCAAGGAGCCCGAGCCGGUCCUGCAGCAUCUGCCGCCGCCAGUGAUGCCCGGGCCGCUCUUCAUCCCGUCGGACCGUUCCACCGAGAGGUGCGAAACCGUCUUGGAGGGCGAGACAAUCUCCUGCUUCGUGGUCGGAGGCGAGAAGCGGCUGUGUCUGCCCCAGAUCCUCAACACGGUGCUGCGGGACUUCAGCCUGCAGCAGAUCAACUCGGUGUGCGACGAGCUGCACAUCUACUGCUCCCGGUGCACCGCCGACCAGCUGGAGAUCCUCAAAGUCAUGGGGAUCCUGCCCUUCUCGGCGCCCUCCUGCGGCCUCAUCACCAAGACGGACGCCGAGCGCUUGUGCCACGCGCUCAUCUACGGGGGCGCCUAUCCUCCUCGUUGCAAGAAGGAAACGAGUAGCGGAGGAGCGCUGGAGCUGGAGCUUGAGCUCACCGAGAGGAGCUUUAAAAUUUACCACGAGUGCUUCGGCAAGUGCAAGGGCUUGUUCGUGCCCGAGUUGUACACCAGCCCCAACGCAGCCUGCAUCCAGUGCAUGGACUGCAGACUCAUGUACCCGACGCACAAGUUUGUGGUGCACAGCCACAAAGCGCAGGAGAACAGGACUUGCCACUGGGGCUUUGAUUCGGCCAACUGGAGAGCCUACGUCCUCCUGGGCCAGGAUUACACGGGCAAGGAGGAGAAGAGCCGCCUGGAGCAGCUGCUGGAUGAAGUCAAGGAGAAGUUUGAUUUCGCCAACAAGUACAAGAGAAAAGCAUCGUCCAGGGUGUCAGAUCACCUUCCAAUCAAAAAGCCCAAACAUGAAGAAAUACCAAUACAAUCCCCAGUGGCUGACAAGGAGAAGCAACAUGACUGGCUACAAUCCUUUUCCAACUCGAAUAAGGGUCUCAACUGCAUUCAGCCGAGACAGAGGCCAUCAGCUUUUAGACCCUGGUCGCCACACAUUUCGGCUGGUGAUAAGGAAGCCUCCAGUCACCCCCUCACACUGCUAAGAGACAACUUCUACAAUUACAAGAGCUUGGAGAAUGCUGUGGCCCCUAAUGUUGCCCUCACACCACUGCCACUGGGAAAGGUGGGUCCAAUGUCCCCGUCAGUUCCCAGCACGUCGCACCCAAGCGCGGGGGAACCUCCGGGUGAAGGUGCCAAUGCCAGCUCUCGACCUCGCAAGAGAAAAGCCACAGGAGAACUUCUACCUCCAGCUCCUGAGGGUGCGUGCUCCCUUACCUCCACUGCCAGCAAGCAGCCACCAACUCAGGAUGACAAAGACUCAGAGGUGGAGAUAGAAGUGGAGAGCCGUGAUGAGUUCACGUCAUCUUUGUCCUCCCUAUCAUCACCAUCAUUCACAUCGUCCAGCUCAGCCAAGGACCUGAGUUCACCCGGUGCCCUGGGGCCGAUCUGCACGGUCACGACAGCUGAGGCCAUUACCCCUGCAGCUGCUCCCAUCUCAACUCCUGUGACGCCUCCAGAACUAGGGCUGGAGUCAGAGCUGGAGAGCCUGCGGCAGGCGCUGGACAAUGGACUGGACUCGAAAGAGUCAAAGGAGAAGUUCCUGCAUGAAAUAGUUAAAAUGAGGGUGAAGCAAGAAGAGAAGCUGGGAUCUGCCCUACAGGCCAAACGCAGCCUUCAGCAGGAGCUGGAGUUCUUGCGGGUUGCGAAGAAAGAGAAGCUGCGGGAGGCGACAGAGGCCAAACGUAAUUUGAGGAAGGAAAUAGAACGCCUGCGAGCCGAGAGUGAGAAAAAGAUGAAGGAGGCCAAUGAGUCGCGGAUCCGUCUGAAGCGUGAGCUAGAGCAGGCCCGGCAGCUGAGGGUCUGCGAUAAAGGUUGCGAGGCUGGACGUCUACGUGCAAAGUACUCUGCGCAGAUCGAAGACCUCCAGAUGAAGCUGCAGCAUGCCGAGGCUGACCGUGAGCAGCUUCGAGCUGACUUACUGCACGAGCGGGAGGCCAGGGAGCACCUGGAGAGGGUGGUGAAGGAGCUGCAACAGCAACUUUGGCCCAAAUCCAGCGGUGACAAAGACUUGACAGCCAAGGACAAAGACAUUCCGGCAAAAAAGUAA